UCUCUCCACUAACCUACUACCCUAGCGUACUGGUUUACUUUAUCGAUUUUCUGCAAGAUCUUUACGCAUUUUUCAGACCUGCAAUCGCUUGAUAUUCUAAAGUAAAAAUACUUAGUUUUUACUUUAAGUUAAAAUAAAAAUAAAUCUCUAUGUAUAGGCACCCAAGUUAACGUAUGGUACAUAGCAGAAGAUCACAGAUAGGUCUAUCGUCUGUGAUAAGUUCGUUUAAUUUGCUUCACUAUUUAUAAUGUAGUUGUCCCGAGUAGAAAUCCGGGCCAAAACAGUUGAAUAUCUGCAGCACCGGGCACACCUGCACCACCUUCACCUGACCCUCCCCGCGAGCACCGACUACCGAAAAAGCUCGCCUGAUCAUACCGUACGAGCCGGAGGAGGCGUGGUCAGGGGUGACACGUCAGAUCACCCGCCGCGCUCUGAUUGGCUGACGAUCCUCACCCGACCCAGCUGUGAUUGUUUUGUGCAGUGGGAGCAGAGUCAGUCUGAACAUCGAUCUGAGCUGAAGACCCCCUCGUCUCUGCUAGUUGUCUAAAGGAGAGUCAAACAACAGUAUUAGUAUUUCGUUUGAGACCAAAGAGAACCGCCGACACUCUCUCCACCAGGUUGCGGAAGAAGAGAACCGAGGACUGUGUCUGCAACAUUAGACAUCCAGUCGUGCCAGACCCAAAUGCCCAGACUAGAAGACCACUGCUGGACGUGUUCCUGUGCGCCUUCUCGGGGGGACUCUGAGGACCGGGUGGUGGCUCCGAAGGCCGUAGACAUGCUGUCCAUUAUCACGACGGUGCUCCGGGGGGCCUACGGCUCGCUGCACAGCGACCGUGCCGCCAACCUCCUCCGGCGGGGUCUGGUUCUGUUCGCCGUCGGAGUGUUUCUGGCGCUGGUGCUCAACCUGCUGCAGAUCCAGAGACACGUCACGCUGUUCCCUGAGGAGGUGAUGAGCACGCUGUUCUCCUCCGCCUGGUGGAUCCCUCCUUGCUGCGGGACCGGGGCCGCUGUCAUCGGCCUGCUGUACCCCUGUAUCGACAGCCACCUCGGGGAACCCCAUAAGUUCAAGAGGGAGUGGGCGAGCGUCAUGCGCUGCAUCGCAGUGUUCGUGGGCAUCAACCACGCCAGUGUCAAGCUGGACUUUGCCAACAACGUGCAGCUGUCCCUCACGCUGGCGGCGCUGUCCCUGGGCCUGUGGUGGACUUUCGACCGCUCCCGCAGCGGCUUCGGCCUGGGCAUCACCACCGCCUUCCUGGCCACCGUCAUCACACAGCUGCUGGUGUACAACGGAGUCUACCAGUACACGUCACCUGACUUCCUGUACGUGCGCUCCUGGCUGCCCUGCAUCUUCUUCUCUGGAGGCGUAACCAUGGGCAACAUCGGCCGCCAGCUUGCCAUGGGUGGAGGGGAGAAGCCACACAUUGACUGAUGACUGAAGUCUCUGUCUGGACGUCGCGGAGGAACUACCACACGGUGACACGGGAGAGAGGAAGAAGAAAAAAGGACUCUGAGUUGCUUGGGCCUGUUCCCCCCUUUUCCCGCCCACCCACCAUAACGUGCCAUGUUUUCAUCUCUACAUCACCGGGGCUAGCCUCCCCACCCCCCCACCCCACCGGCUAUAAUGGGAGACAAGGAUCACCAAUAGCCCUUCACAACCACAACCAUCCACCUCUGAGUGUAUGUGUGCGUGCACGGUUGUGUGGUUGUAUCGCUGGAGACGAAGCUGCCAUGGUGUAUUCUUAUAGACAUAAGAUGGUUAUAAAGGGAAAAAGCUUCAAGGUGUGGUCCUGCCUGUUGUUCCCCAGCAGGUGGUGCUGUCGUUCUCUGGGUCUGUUUUCAAACGGCAACCUGAAGAAAGUAAAAAAAAAAAAAAGACUGACGUUAGUGAUCCCAAAUAUGCAUGGAAGUGAUAUAUUUAAUAUAUAAAGUGAACGCCCCCUAGAGGUCAGAGUGCAGUGUGUUUUGGUGGCAUGUGGAUAUAUUCUAGAGCAGUAGAGUGAUCCAGCGAGGUUAUAUUUUGGUUUUAUUGGCUUUAAAGGAUUGUAUUUGGAGAGAGAGAGGGUCGUCAGUAUAUUGAAGUAUUGUGAGGCAGAGCUUUACGUUUGGGAACGGAUCGUUUCAUUGGUCUCCGGCCUUUCCAUUCUCACCAAUCACUUUCCCCAUCUCACGUGUCCACCGUAUUCUGGUGAAGACGGUGAAUGAAUAGUGUUUAGGCUAUGGGAACAGUGUGAAGGACAGGGCCCUGCGCGGCUUCCUGGGACAUUUGCAGUCUGUGAUUGCCUUUUGUAUUAUAGAAUUUAGUGCUUUUGUCACUACGAUAUUUCAGUUUUAUCAUUUGUAAAAAAUGGUGAUCUAUUUUGUGCGUGUGUGUGUGCCUAUAUGUAAUCAGACAGGUAUUAUCCAACCACGUCUUGGUUUGAUGGAGAGUGUCGCUUCAAGCAUCCAGUAAAACAGCAAUAACACCAGUGGUUUGGAAACCCUUUGUCAGAAUAAUUGUUCUUACAUUUUUGCCCUUUUAGUCAAAACACCAAUGAGUUCUCUCACCAUAGGGGAACUAAAGAUGUUAAACUGUGUCAAACUGAUAUAAACUUCUCAUAGUUCACAUACAGACAACAAUACAGAUUUGUUAUUUUGUACUUUAUUUUGCAUUGUGUGCCAGUAGGGGAGGUGUGCCCUUCGCUGCUGGUUCAACGCUUUCAUUCAUGUGUGCGGACACAAAGAAGCUUUAUUUUCCGAGGUGGUGAAGCACCUUUUGAUUGUAACGUGUUAGAGUUUAUUUGUCUGCUAUUUCAGUUGUAGCCAUUUUUGCUACCUUGAAUUCAAGUGAAAAUAAAAUCCUACAAGGAACAC